AUGGACCCUUUAGGUUCAAAGGGACAAGAACGUGUACAGCUGGCAGACGUGCAAGCAUAUGAGGGACUUCCGGUCGGAGUGAACACUCCUUAUGUUAGCGUUGACCGAAAACGUGACGAUCAGUUGGGAGUCGUUGACAAAGUCGAGCAGAAAGAAGCAAACGUUCGACAAACUGGCGAUUUGGUGGCUGAAGAAGUUCCACAGCUGGCUUUAGGAGAGCAGGUACAAAACGAACGGGACAUUUUGUAUAACACUCCAGACUAUGUAGUUGGACUCUUUUAUCCAGAUCGUGUCACUCUCGAUCCUUUGGACCCCAGUGGUUUUCCAGGUGGUUCCUUUCCCUAUGGCAUAAUGGUUCCAGAUGGGCAGUUACUUGGAAAACGUAGCCACACCACAAUGCUUGACACAGAAGAAGAAGCUGUCCCUUCCCUGACAGAUAAAGAAUCUGGUGCCACAGAGUAA